ACCCCAACAAUGCUAGAUCGGAUCGGUUUUUUCCUUGACACGGAAAAUCUUCUUUCACUCACAUAUAGUCAUAACUCUGAGCUGACUUAGAAGUGAUAGCAAUGGAGAGGGGUGUUUGGAUGAAAAAUAUAUUAAGCAGCAAUCGUAUGUUUGUCAUUGUAUUAAACUUAAAUACAGCGUGUGAGUAUACAAAUUGAUCCAACUUCAGGAAACUGAUACUUGGCGUAGGUCAGAUUCAGAUGUAGCAUUGCAAUAUGCUAUGUGACCAAGAAAUGCUGGUCUGCAGUCUGCUCGCUGAGAGUGUACACCAUUUCAUGCAGGAUAUUGACCCCUAAAACGCUCUUCGAGUCACCCAUUGUCUUUGUUGUUCGUGACCUGAUAACUACUACAGGCUCAAUACGAAUUUGAUGUAGAACCUAUGAUCAUCAUCGAAGUCAUUGGUUACAUAAAGAUUAUAUCCAAAAUAAAAAAAUCGAUAUGGGAUUUUACAUACAGCACUAAGUUGAACGGUGAGACUAUUCAUUGGCUGAAAACAUUUAGUGUCAAAUUGUUCGAAAGGCUGAUCCACAGCCUCGAUAUGACUCAGCUUUAUUGGUCGUACAACAUUCAAUUUUGACUCACGAAAUUCAUUGCCCGUCGUCCCGACCCCGCCAAAUUAUAUAUUCCACUGGAGACUCCUUCCAAACAUCUUCAGACUUUCCAUAACUCAAACACAAAAAAAUAUGGAUUUCCCAAAAGAGGAAGAAGAAGUUCUCAGGAAGUGGAAGGAGAUUAAAGCUUUCGAGCGACAACUCGAGUAAGUCAACUUGCAUACACAAUAAUUGAAAACGAGAUCAAUAUGUCCUGACCUUGUUUCGUUCCUUUAUAGGCUUUCUGAAGGGAAGCCUCGAUAUACAUUUUACGAUGGACCUCCUUUUGCAACUGGUUUGCCUCACUUUGGUCACUUACUCGCAUCCACCAUCAAGGAUACUAUUACCCGAUAUUGGUCAAUGAAAGGAUAUCAUGUUGAGAGACGUUUCGGAUGGGACACACAUGGCUUGCCGAUUGAACACGAGAUUGACAAAAAGUUUGGUAUUUCUGGAAAAGAUGCUGUCAUGAAGAUGGGUCUCGCGAAAUACAACGAGGAGUGUAGAGCUAUUGUUAUGCGAUACUCGUCGGAAUGGCGCACAACAAUUGACAGGUUAGGCCGUUGGAUUGAUUUUGAUAAUGACUAUAAGGUAAGUUUUCAUAGGAACAAUCGACAUCUUCUGGCUGACAACCUUAGACUAUGGACCCAAAAUUCAUGGAAUCAGAAUGGUGGGUUUUCAGCGAGAUCUUUAAGAAAGGAUCUGUCUACCAAGGUUACCGAGUUAUGCCAUACUCGACAGUUCUCACCACAGCUUUGAGUAAUUUCGAAGCGAAUCAAAAUUACCAAGAUGUCACUGAUCCGGCGGUUAUUGUAUCUUUCCCAUUGUUGAAGGACCCUUCCACAUGCCUCCUGGCAUGGACAACUACUCCUUGGACACUUCCGUCGCACACUGGUUUAGCCGCGCAUCCAGAUUUCGAGUACGUGAAAAUUCACGACGAAGCAUCGGGAAAGAACUAUAUCCUGUUAGAAAAAUUACUCAGUACACUUUACAAGGAUCCGAAGAAGGCUAAGUUUAAGAUUGUGGAAAAGAUCAAGGGUAGUGACAUGCUUGGUUGGCAAUAUGAGCCGCUUUUCGACUAUUUCUAUGAAGAAUUUAAGGACUAUGGUUUCAGAGUCUUCAACGCUACUUACGUCACCGACGACAGUGGUGUUGGUAUUGUUCACCAAGCGCCAGCUUUUGGAGAGGAAGAUUACAAUGUUGCAAUGGAGAAUGGCGUCAUCGACGAAAAGCGACCAGCUCCAUGUCCAAUCAACGAGACCGGCCACUUCACUGAACAAGUUCGAGAUUUUGCAGGUCAACAUGUUAAGGCAGCCGACAAAGCUAUCAUUAAAUACUUGAAGGGCACUGGAAGGCUAGUUGGUGAAUCAACCAUCAAGCAUAGUUAUCCUAUGUGUCCACGAUCGGACACCCCCUUGAUCUACAGAGUUGUUCCUUCUUGGUUCAUUAGAAUUCCUGAAAUUGUUCCUGCUAUGUUGAAGAAUAUCGAAGGAUCCCACUGGACUCCCUCGUUUGUCAAGGAAAAGCGAUUCGCCAGUUGGAUCGAAAAUGCCCGUGACUGGAACGUUUCGAGAAACAGGUAUUGGGGUACUCCAAUCCCCAUCUGGGUCAGUGAUGAUUACGAGGAGAAGGUAUGUAUUAGUAGUAUCGCCGAGUUGAAGGAACUCAGUGGCUACGAAGGCGAGAUAACCGACCUCCAUCGUGACAAGAUCGACCACAUCACCAUUCCUAGUAAGAUGGGCAAGGGCCAGCUGAAACGAAUUGAGGAGGUCUUUGAUUGCUGGUUCGAGUCUGGCAGUAUGCCAUAUUCCAGUCAACAUUAUCCUUUCGAGAACAAGGACAAGUUCGAGCAAUCCUUCCCUGGUGAUUUCAUUGCUGAAGGUCUUGAUCAAACCAGAGGAUGGUUCUACACCCUUCUUGUCCUGGGUACACACUUAUUUGGGGUUUCACCUUUCAAAAACUGUGUUGUCAACGGAAUUGUGCUUGCUGAAGAUGGCAAGAAAAUGUCAAAACGUCUGAAGAACUAUCCUGACCCUGCUAUUGUCAUGAACAAAUAUGGUUCUGAUGCUUUGCGCUUAUAUCUCAUCAAUUCCCCAGUUGUAAGAGCCGAGCCAUUGCGUUUUAAGGAAGCUGGAGUGAAAGAAGUUGUAAGCAAGGUCCUUCUGCCUUUGUGGAACAGUUACAAGUUUUUUGAGGGACAGGUGGCACUAUUGAAGAAGAUGGAGAAUGUAGAUUAUGUCUUUGAUCCUUCUGCCGAGGCUACUAACACUAAUGUUAUGGAUCGAUGGAUUCUUGCUAGUUGUCAAAGUCUUCUUAAGUUUGUAAAUCAAGAGAUGGCAGGUGAGUUUACCCUCGAAAACCUCCUUUGGUGACUUCUAGCUAAUAGAUUAAGGUUACCGACUUUACACUGUCGUUCCUCGAUUAUUGGAUCUCAUCGAUAACACCACAAAUUGGUACAUUCGUUUCAAUCGUAGACGUCUAAAGGGUGAAUAUGGUCUAGAUGACACUAAGCAUGCCCUUAACACGCUCUUCGAGGUUCUAUUUACCCUAACAAGAGGACUCGCACCAUUCACACCAUUUCUCACAGACAACAUUUAUCAACGUCUGUUACCUCACAUUCCCAAUGAGUUACAAGCUGAGGAUCCACGAAGUGUACAUUUCUUGGCCUUCCCUGAUGUAAGAGAAGAGCUCUUCGAUGUAGAGGUUGAGCGUCGUGUGGGUCGUAUGCAACGUGUCAUUGAGUUAGGCAGAGUUUCCAGAGAGCGCCGCACAAUUGGUCUUAAGACUCCUCUCAAAACUUUGAUUGUCAUCCAUCAUGACCCAGUUUAUCUGGAAGAUGUUCGUUCUCUGGAAGGCUAUAUCACUGAGGAACUCAAUAUCAGAGAACUCGUCCUCACCUCAGAUGAAGCCAAGUACAACGUGCAAUACAGUGUCAAUGCCGACUGGCCAGUCCUUGGAAAGAAGUUGAAGAAGGAAGUGCAGAAGGUCAAGAAGGCUUUGCCAGGGUUGACAAGCGAACAGGUUCACAACUACGUACUAGAGAAAUCCAUCAUUGUCGAUGGUAUCAAGCUCGAAGAAGGAGAUUUGGUUGUUAAGCGGGGUCUUAAGGAUGAUGAAUCCUCCAAGAACCUUGAGACUAACACAGACGAGGAUGUUCUUACUAUCUUAGAUGUGGAGCUCCAUGCAGACCUGGCCGACGAGGCAUUGGGACGAGAAAUCAUCAAUCGUGUACAAAGAUUGCGCAAGAAGGCUGGUCUUCAACCAACGGAUGACAUUAAAAUGGAGUACAAGGUCUUAGAAGAUCCUUCUAGCAUCGGUUUGCGUGAAGCUUUCACGAGUCAAGCACAGGCAAUUGAGAAGGCCUUGCGAAGACCUCUGCAUGAAGCUAAAGGAAAUGCAGCAGCAGAAAGUAUCAUUUUGGAGGAGGAUCAGGAGAUUCAAAAGGCCACAUUUUCGCUUAGAUUGUUGAAGUUAUGAUAUUGAUGUUUCAUAGACAUGUUGUCGGGCAUCAGAAGGCAUUCUAGAUAGUUGCCCUUAUGGCAUUUACAGUAGAAUUUUUUAUGAAAUCCUAAAAGUCAUUGCAAGAAUAGUUCA